GUUGUGCUUGUUUUUUAGGAGGAGUUUUUUUUAUUGAGAAACUGGUCUUAAGGUAAGUUAUUUCCUGUUUUACGUUGUUUUUAUUGCUGUGGUAAUUUUUUAGUUUGUUUGAUUCCUUUUAGCUGUCGGUGCCUCCAACAUGUCGGCUGCUCGUGCCGGCAUGCGGAGGCACCACAGCACUAGGUUCCUUUUUUUAGAAAAAGAUGGAAAGUUAAUGGAAAUGUCAAGGUUGGAUUUUUCGAGGAAACUUAUGCAAAAACUUCUAGGUUUUAAUCCUGCUGAUUUAAAUUGCAUUCUAACCCUGCCUUUUAACAAAGGCUUCGAUGUGAGUUUUAAAAAUGCAGCACUGUUAAAUGAGUUCUGGCAGCGCUUUGACACACACAAGACCCAGUUUUCCAUGUUUAAAGUUGAGAAACUAACUGAUAACACACAAAAAAUGGUUAUCGUUAGAAUGUUCAAUGAGACUGUGAAUGGAGAAGACAUUUGCACAUGGCUGGGUAGAUUUUGCACUGUAAGGGGCCAGGCUAUGAAGGUUUAUGAUGAAGACGGUAUUUGGAAUUGUUCCUGGAGGGUCCCCAUUAAGCAAUGGGAAGACCCACAGGGCUUCCAAGGUCUGAGGCAUUUACCACAAAUGAUAGUUCUGGGAGAAAACAGGGGCUACAUCCACUACAAGGGAAUGCCCAAACUCUGCCGGCGAUGUGGGGAGUUUGGGCAUCUUGUUGAAGCAUGCCAGAAACUCUUUUGUAACAAGUGUAGAGAAAUUGGACAUUCCUUUGAAGAAUGUCCAAAUGGCAGAAAGUGUAAUCUUUGUGGAGACUUGUCUCAUCUCUACAGAGAUUGCCCCAAAUCGUUUGCCAACAAAGUAAAAUCAGACAAAAUGGUGGUUGAGGAGCGAGUACAACAGGCCAAUGAGGAGGUGGAGCUAAAUUCAAAUCUCCCGCCAAACCCUGGGGUUGGUGGAGAGAAAAUUGAUAACAGAGGUAAGGAGAGAGGGGGGGCGGAGCAAACUUCAAAUUUCCCGCCAAACCACACUAUUGGAGCAGACGGAAAUGAGGAGAUGGAACUCCACCAAUCCCUAAUAGAGAAAGAAAAGGAAUCAAAUGAACAGAGCAAGGAGGAGGAUAGUGAACAAGAACAGGAAAAGGUAGUGGAGGAGAAACAAGAGAUAGAGGUAAGUAAUGAUCUUCCAGGAGUUAUAUUGAGAGGGAAAAAAAGGAUUGCCCGAUCUCCCAUUGAGGAGAAGAAUGAGAAAAGAGAUAGAGUGGGAUUGCGAUCAGAUUCCUUCUCAUCAGGGGAUCUGAACCGGCUUUUCCCACUCGGUUCCCCAAACGAAAUAUCUUUCUUGUCAAUAGAACUCCAAACAUCAACCCCUAGGGCUAGCUCAAGGGGGAAACAGCUUCAAUCUCCGGAUUCCCCAAAUAGGGGAAAAGAAGAAGAGCUGGUUUCACAAGAUACAGAUAUCCUUUUUAAUUGAAAUUUUAGUUAUUUAUGUCUUCUAAAAUGUUGUAUUUAUCAUUUUUAACUGUUUUUAUCAUGACACUCACACUCUCCACCUUAAAUGUAAGAAGUGUGAGGUCACAGUUGAGAGCUCAAAUGGUUUUAUCCUUUUUACAAACCCAAAAUAGCGAUAUCCUGCUUUUACAAGAAUGUGCUUUACCUUUUAUGUCCAAUUAUAGGAGAUGGGAAGAACAAUGGCCCCAUGUAUCUGUGUGGAGUGGAUCAAAUUUUAACAGAGCCGAUGGAGUAGCCAUUUUAAUAAAAAAUCCUCAGCUCUUGGUGAAGGGUAGCACAGUGGUGAGAGAUGGGAGAGCUCUUUUAAUAAAUCUGUCCUUCUUAGGACAUGAUUUUAAUAUUUUAAAUAUGUAUGCUUUUACAGAUAAAAAUGAAAGGAACGACCUUUUAGAAGACGUGCAGUCCCACCUUUUAGGAAAGACCCCAUUUAUUUUAGCAGGGGAUUUUAAUUGCAUUUUAAGUAAAAAUGAUAGAAAAGGGGAGAGAGAGGAUUUUAAAAUGGAUAAAGCGUCAAUUUUACUACAGAACAUUAUAAAGGAUUUUAAAUUGACUGACUGUUUUAGAACCAUGCAUCCUGGGGAAAAAGGAUUCACCUGGUUUAGUGGUGAUGGCACUAAAGCCUCCCGUAUAGACUAUAUCUUUACGCGAGACCUUACACCAGUGGAUGCUAAACUAAUGCCCGUUUUCUUUUCAGACCACGCUAUGCUUUCUUGCACCCUUUCUUUUCCCACAGGUGUGACGACAGGUGGAGGGAUAUGGAAACUGAACUGCUCCCUGCUGGAAGACCCAGAGAUCACAACAUACUACAGGGAGCAGUACAGCCAAUGGCAGACUUUACAAGACUUUUAUGAUUCACGAGCACAGUGGUGGGAGAUGACUCUUUCUUGUAUCUCUGGAACGUGCAAUGUUUUAUUUUUUAUGGGGGUCUAAGUGGGAGCGACUCAAAAGAGCAACCAUGAAGAAAGCACCCCAAAAUGGAGGAAAAGGAGUGCCAGACCCCUACUUGUUUUUAGGAGCUUUUUAUACUGCACUACAUAUAAAAUAUGCCCGAACCCCAUCCAAACAAGACAAAACAGGAGCCAUGACCCGGUUUUGGAUGGGGUCCUACUUAAGAACCCAAAAUAUUGUACAGACAGACUUGACAAUGCCAGUUGCCUUUGACCAACCCCCAGCAUACACACACAUAAAGAACUUUUUAAAGAAAUUUAAUUUGGAAAAAGAAAGUGUGACUGUUUUAACCAAUCAUCGCUCUAUACUCUCUCUUGUGCAGGAACGGGAACAAGUGUGUCCAGUACGCGGGCUCACUCUAGGUGAAGCCCAAAACGUUUGGCGGAAUGUGUCCCACUCAGCUCUUCACAACCGACACCGAGACCUGGCUUGGAUGGUUGCCCAUGAGAUCCUCCCGGUCAGGGCCGUGAUGCACUCCCGAGGCAUGUCAAAGAACCCCAUCUGCCCGCGGUCCGGAUGUGGCGCCCCCGAGACCGUGAGGCACGCCUUAUGGGAGUGCAGCGCUGUGAGGGACCUGUGGGCGACAGCUGGCCCCCAGCAAUUCCCGUACCUACCAGUAGGGGGGGUCCCAGACUACCCAAUGGGGAGAGGAGGGGUGAGCCAAAAACAAAUGCCAGCAAAAACACCCCCUAAGCUAUGGCUUACCAUCCUCUGCAUCCAAGACGCCAUAUGGACCUCCAGAAACCUACUGGUAGGGAAGCGCAUGCAGGGGUCCCUGCACGCCACCAUCCAGCUAGCCAAAUCAAGGCUGCAGGAGUACACCGCAUGUCGCCAUUCGGAUGUGGAGGGUCAGAGCUACACGGGAAAGGUCCCCAUAGCCACGAGCCCUGACUGCCCGUAGAUGCCCCCAAACACCUGAAGUGGGACAGCGGUGCCUCGGUUUAAGAGGAUCUCCUCUGGGCCCAGAAGGGUCAGGCCUCUGGGACUGGUUUUGAGGAACUGAGCUGAUGGUUUAAUCUUUUUUCUUUAAAGGACAUACCCGUUUUUGCACAACAGAAGAGAACGUUUUUAAACCUGUCUUUUGAUUUUAAUAACACUGUUUUUUAUUUUUUUAUUUUCUCUAGCACUACAGACACACAACAACAACAAAAAACACACUCAAUACAAAAUGUUUUUAUUUGUGUAUUAAUUAAUUUAAAAAUUAUCCUGUGCAUUAAACAACAACAACAAAAACAACAACAACAACCAUUGUAUAAUGUGUUUUAACAAAACAAAUGUGUGCAUGUAACCAAAAUGUAUUGUGACAAUAAAA